UCUGCUUAAAUUUCAACGAGAGAUAACUCUCAGAAUUAUUAUGUCAUUUAUGAUUCUAACCAAUAACCAAGAAAUAUUUAAGUAUCAUCUCAUUACUUUGACGAUAAAGGUAACAAUAUGUGUGUCUUACUUCCUUCCUUCCUCUUUUCACAAUCAAUGGUUACCUUUCUGGCUAUCAUAAUUCUUGUGCUGCUAUUCCAACAAACUUGCCUUGCCAAGCAGCAUCACCACCACCCACCCUGUUAUUCUUCAUGUGGCGAAAUUCACAACAUAACGUAUCCAUUUCGACUAAAAGGCGACCCAAUCAGCUGCGGCGAUCAAGAUUACGAAUUAGAUUGCGUUGAAAACGUGACAGUAAUGACUCUAUUUUCAGGGAAAUUCCACGUGCAGGAAAUAAAUUACAAGAGGUACGAGAUCCGGUUGACCGAUGCUGGUGUGGUGGAGGACAUUGCUUGCUCAAUUCCUCGUUAUUUCUUUAAUCUCUACAAUUUCACUUACAUCGGUGGUCUUAACUAUUCUGCAUAUGGUCCGUUAAGUUUCUCGGGGUAUCCUCAGUAUGCGGUGUUUCUAAACUGCACUACCCCAGUCACCGAUGAUCCUCGAUACGUAGCUGUGAAGGUCAACGGUAAUUGUGAUUCGAGUUCCGUAGGCCAUAUCUAUGCCAUUCUGGUCACAGACGAUGAUGAUCGCUUUGGGUUUACACUGACGGACAUCAAGGUUGGGUGCCGAUUGAAGGUUGCUACAUUUGCAAACUGGAAAUAUAAUAACAGGGAGGUUAACGUUUCUUAUUCUGAUAUCAACAAGUGGCUGCACCACGGAAUUUGGAUGUCUUGGUUCUUUCCAGUUAUUUGUAGGGACCGAUGCGGAAAGGGUGUGAGUUGCUACAUCGAUCAAACCACGCGAGAAACUCGAUGUGCAGAUAGCUACUGCCAAAUCUUUGGCAUUCAAACAUACAAGUGCGGAAUUCGUAAUCAGAUUCUUGAAUAUAUGCGGCAAAUUCUUGGCUACACAGUAGGUUAUCUUAAAAGCGUUAUAAUGGGAUAUGUAAAUAGAAUAAGAUAUCGUGAGCAACUAACAAGCUGGGAUAGUGAAGCAGAAUUCUUUGAACAAAAUGCUAUAGCAAUAUUCCUGGCAACCAGAUUGCUAUUUGGAAUCACACUUUUACUAAUGCUAUAUAUCUAUAUGUGGCGACGUAGACAUUAUUCAAUGUAUGAAAACAUUGAAAUUUUUUUGCUAGAUAGCAAUCUAAAUCCUAUUAGGUAUGAAUACAGAGAAAUAAAAAAAAUGACCAAAGAUUUCAAAGUGAAAUUGGGUGAAGGAGGUUUCGGCUCUGUAUACAAAGGAAAACUUCGAAGCGGGCUAGAUGUGGCAAUAAAGAUGUUGACCAAAUCCAAAACUAGAGGACAAGAUUUUAUCAGUGAAGUGGCUACAAUUGGAAGAAUACAUCACGUGAAUGUGGUGCGUCUUAUUGGAUAUUGUGCUGAAGGAGAAAAGCAUGCUCUAGUUUAUGAAUUCAUGCCUAAUGGUUCAUUGGAUAAAUACAUUUUCUCUAAAGAAGAAAGUGUCUCCUUAAGUUAUGACAAAACAUAUGAAAUAUGUCUUGGCAUAGCUCGUGGGAUUGCUUAUUUGCAUCAAGAUUGUGAUGUGCAAAUUCUACAUUUUGAUAUCAAGCCUCAUAAUAUUCUUCUAGAUGAUAACUUCAUUCCAAAGGUUUCGGAUUUUGGACUUGCAAAGCUAUAUCCUAUCAAAGAUAAGUCAAUUAUUUUAACUGGACUAAGAGGAACUUUUGGUUACAUGGCUCCAGAAUUAUUCUACAAAAAUAUUGGUGGAGUGUCAUAUAAGGCAGACGUCUAUAGCUUUGGAAUGCUUUUGAUGGAAAUGGGAAGUAGAAGGAGGAACUCAAAUCCUCACACAGAGCACUCAAGCCAACAUUUCUUCCCCUUUUGGAUCUAUGAUCAUUUUAUGGAAGAAAAGGAUAUUCACAUGGAAGAGGUCUCAGAAGAGGAUAAGAUUCUAGUGAAAAAGAUGUUCAUAGUUUCCCUUUGGUGUAUACAAUUAAAACCAAAUGAUCGUCCUUCAAUGAAGAAGGUUGUAGAGAUGCUUGAAGGAAAGGUUGAAAAUAUUGAUAUGCCUCCAAAGCCUGUUUUUUAUCCCCAUGAAACAACAAUCGACUCUGAUCAAGCAUCAUGGAGUGAUUCAACUAGUUCUUGCAAGAACAUUGACAAAACCAAGUCCAAUUUUUCACUGGAGAACAACUCUUGACAAACUAUGGUUAUGAAUAAAUUCAAUCUCCAAAAUUAAGAGAAAAUAUGUUAUGUGUUAGAAUAAUUCUACAGCAUCAAUUAAUUAUAAAUCAGCAUAUAUAUAAUAAAUUUAUUGAUUU